CUUUGAGCUUCACACCCACCUACUGUAAUCUUCCAUAUAAACUUCCAUAUGAACAUCUCCUUUGGAUUCUGGUACUAAUGCUAAAUACCUUCUGUCUAAGGUGUUUCUGACCAUGGCGCCUCCAGUCCCAAAUCUGGAUGCUUUAACAGACAUUCAGCGAGAUGCUCUCCAACAAUACCGUGAUGUCACAAAUCAAGAUGUUGAGGCGGCCAUCCCGGUGCUUGAGCGGUCGCAAUGGAAUGUUCAGUUCGCCAUAUCCCGAUUCUUUGACGGCGAACCGGCUUCGGACCCAGUGGCCGAUGCCCUCGCGCAACCCCCGCAACCCAGUCAGCGACAAGAAACACUCAUGAAUGGCUUCUCGAACACCGCAUCCUCCUCGCGUCGCUCUCAGUUCGAACCGGCUCCACGAGUAACCGCUCCCUCCGCAACAAAUUCCAACCUCCCCGUUCCAUAUGUGCUGGGGCUCAUCUUCGGCGUCCUCGGCCUAGCGACGACCACAAUAGGUCGCAUCCUCCGUCCGAUAUUCGGCAUGUUCCCCUUCCUCCCACAGUUCGUUGCUCGGCUUUCUGGCCGGAAUCCUUCGCAUCGAUCUGGAAGUACAACUGCUGGCCGAAGACCGUUAAUCGGCCGGGACAGUGCAGCUCGGGUAAUCCGCGAGUUCGAAGAAGAGUACGGCCCCCACAAUCUCCCCUUCCUGGAAACCAGCUACUCCACCGCAUUCGACACCGCCAAGGACGACCUCAAAUUCCUCCUCGUCGUCCUGCUUUCCUCCGAACACGACGACACCUCCUCCUUUGUCCGCAACACCCUCCUCUCCACCCGCGUGGUCGAACUCUUCAACUCAGAGAAAACCUCCCCAUCCAGUAUGCUCCUAUGGCUCGGCAAUGUGCAAGACCCCGAAGCCUACCAAGUCUCCAACGCCCUCAACGCCACCAAGCUCCCCUUCGCCGCUCUCAUCGCCCACACCCCCUCCGUCUCCUCCACCGCCAUGAGCGUCAUCUGCCGCCUCGCCGGCCCCACCCCUCCUGACGACUUCGCGAAUAAGCUCCACGCCGCGAUGGCGCACCACGCCGACGCGCUGAACGGCGUGCGGGCCACCCGGACGGCACAACAAGCAACGAGGAAUAUCCGAGCGGAGCAGGACAGUGCGUAUGAGCGCAGUUUGGCGCAGGAUCGCGAGCGGGCGAGGGUACGGCGGGAGGCGGAGGCCGCGGCGCGGAGAGAGGAGGAGGAGGCGAGGCAGAGGGCAGAGGAGGAGAGGAGGAAUGCGGAUAGGGUUCAGAUGUGGAGAAAGUGGAGGGCAAGGCGGAUACAUGCGGAGCCAGAGGGGAUGGAGGGGGCGGUGAGGGUGAGUUUGCGGAUGGGGGAUGGGGAGAGGGUGGUGAGGCGGUUUAGUGGAGAGGAUCGAGUGGAGGAGAUGUAUGCGUUUGUGGAGUGCUUUGAGGUGUUGACAAGUGGGGAGUUGGAGAGGGAUGAGGAGUCCGAGCUGGAUGAGACGGAUCUGGGGGAAUAUAAGUUUGGAUUUCAGCUGGUGUCGCCUAUGCCGCGCGAGGUGAUUAGGCCAGACGAGAAGAGGACCAUAGCGGAAGUCAUCGGAAGAAGUGGCAAUUUGAUUGUCGAGAAGAUGGACGAGGACGAGGAGUAGAUUGCCGCCUGGAUCUGGAUCAUGCCUUACCGAGGUCGGGAUGGGAGUCGAUAGGCGACAACUGUAUGGGAAGGUUUGGGUUGUUGCAUGCCCAGCAUUUCCGGCGCUUUGGUAUUAAACGGUAUGUCUAGGACAACUUCGAUGUAGUCAAUGGCAUGAGUAACCUCUAAUUCAGUUUAUGGAGGCCGAGGUUGCACUCUUUGUCUAUAUCUUGUUUCAUGACAUCUUAUCUAUUCAUUUACACAUUGUGAACUCG